AAUUGAUAAUUUCAGAAUUAAAAAUGGGGAAUAUGGUUUUCAAUCAGCGUGUGAUGGACGAGGACACUCCAAAGAAAUAUGAUUUUGAUAAUUACAAUGUGAAUAAUCAUAGUGAGCAUAAUAUUCAUAUGGAAAGACGAAUAUUUCCGCAGCAUAUGUAUGGAGGACCCAAGGGGUUAGGAGACCCCUUCUACAGAGAACUAUCCAAGAUGGAGGAGGACCCAAUGAUACCUCAGAGAAUGAGAGAUAUUACAAGAACUCAAACCUGCACCAGUGAGGUGGAGAAUUUUAGUAAAUGCUCCAAAGAUAAUGGAUUUAGCAUGUUCUAUUAUUGCAGAGAUAGAGAUGUUCGGGAUCUAAUGAUGGAUUGUCAAAAAGGCUGGUUUGAUAGACCGGAAUUCCAGGAAGCAGUAAAAGAAGAAUAUUUAAACGAAAGAAGUCAUUACAGAAAUACUGGUAUAAAAACUAAACGAUAUAAUCGUGGAACUUUCAUAAAACGAGAUCUUGAGAAAGACCCUCCUCUAGAUAAAGAUGGAAACUACAGACCCCAGAAACCGGUUGGUUGGGAUGAAUCCUACCCAGAUGGACCCCCAAGCUGGGCCAACUUUAAAUAUACGUAAACUAGUAGCCAUAUAAUUGUAAACAAAUUUAUACCUACUUUCCCUAAAAUGUCUUAUAGGAAGUAUGUUAAGCAUUAAACUAGCAAUGAUAAUAAAAGAUCGUGUUUGAGUUUUUCAAGUUUCAACAAUUUAAAACAAUUUAUUACAUUUUUAAAAGUUGUUCUGAAACUUGACUUUUCAACGCGUUAUUUUUAUAUUUGGCUAAGUAUUAGUUUAAACUCCUGAGUCUAAAUCUAAAGAAUGCGCGAGGUUUGAACUAGUGUAAGUUACAGCUUAAAAUGUCUGUAAAAUAAUGACUUGCUACUUAAAAUUAACCUUUUUCUUUUUAAUCCUGAAGGGAAAUUUGAAUUUCCCGGGAAAAAUCUGAACCAAUGAGAGAAAAGGAUUUACGAGCGGACCGGUCAGAGAUAUCGAAACCAUUGCACAUCAGCUGUUAAAUGUUAAAUUAAAAGUUAAAUAUUUAAGCUUAAUCUUAAAGAUACGGUUUAAGUGUUUCGUGCAGACAUUUAGGCUGAAAUUUAAAAUUUUAGUCGUAACACGUUAUUUAGUUUUAGACCAGGAGUUGUAGUUGUAUCGAAGUUUUAUUGAAUUCAUACAGAUCGUUGAAACACAGUCACAUACUUUCAGAA